AUGACCUUGACACGAUGGACGGCGGCGUCGCUGGUGGCGUCGGGCGCCGUAUGCGCCUCCCUGGGGGCCUUGCUAGGCCGCUACUUGCUGGCGCGCAGCUGGCAGGGGCGUGUGCAGGGCGACGACCCGCUGGUGCGCGAGCUGGAGCAGGAGAUCGAGCGCCAGAAGCAGCUCCGGGCGCAGGAACGCGCCGGCCGCACCAACGCCGAGCGAGAGGCCCGCGAGGCUCUGCAGAGGCAGCAGGAGGCGCUCGGCUACAGUCUGGAGGCCGUGGCGCACGUGCAGUCGUGCUUCGCGGACCGGCGCGGCACUCCGCGGCAGGGAGGGCUCGUGCAGAGCUCGCGGGCGCGCAUCACGUUCAAGACGAGCAUCCCGCCGGCGUCGCUCGAGUGCCUGGAGCAGUUCAGCCACCUCUGGGUGCUCUUCGUCUUCCACGAGAACACCAACCUGGCCAAGGGCGCGCCCAAGACCACGUUCCCGGCCAAGAUCGCGCCCCCGAGGCUCGGCGGCAAGAAGGUCGGGCUCUUCUCGACGCGCACGCCGCACCGGCCCAACUCUAUUGGGCUGUCAGUUGUCAAGAUCGAAGCCAUCCACGACCGCUGCAUUGAGAUCAGCGGCCACGACCUCGUGAACGGCACGCCCGUGCUGGACGUCAAGCCCUACGUGCCCGCGGACUAUGUGCAGGGGUAUGCUGUCCCUGACUGGGUGGCUGCCGAGACGGACGUGGUGCACCGACCGGUGGAGUUCACGCCGGAAGCCACGACGUCGCUGACGGAGCUGGUGGACGCCAAGCUGUCGUCCUUUUACACGAACAUAGACGACUUGAAGACGGCCAUCGAGCAGAUGCUCGUCUUGGACAUCCGCAGCGUCCACCAGGGACGCGGCCAAGCGGCCGAGACGCAGCAGUUCCAGUGCCGCUUCGACACCGUGCAGAUCGAGUUCACGACGCUCGAGGAGUGCAUCCGCGUGCUGAGCUGCACUCGCUACACGACGCCGCACGAGCGAUCACGUCUUCUGCUGCGUCAGGCUCUGUUGAAUCAACGGCAGGAGGAAUAG